AUGCAACAACUCAAUCAACAUUCUUCUUGUCGUUGUCAUCCACCAUCGCCAUAUCGAUCCACUGAACUAUGGUCUCUUCAGAAUGCAGUUAAAUACGCAUAUAAAUUACAUCUCGAUAAAACUUAUCGAUUAAGUCAUUGGUCAGCAAGUUUAACGUCCAAUCGUUCGAGAUUAUCGUAUACGGAUCAAAGGAAAAUGGUCAAGUACGCGGUACACGAUGUUUUGGCCGUAACAUUUUUAUUAGGACCAAUUAUGGAACAUUGGACAUUCAAUAUGAUCGAGACCAGAAACAUGAAGGACGUGUUCGUUGCAUUUGAAUCAAUUGAACUUGCCCAACUGCAAACUACAAUAAAAAAGAAGAAGAAGAAAAACAUCGAUAUACAGAAAUUAGCAAGGAUAUUCGCAGCCGGUGAUUCUGAUAUCGAAUCGAUAUUGUCCAAUGAAGAGGUAUAUUUACAUAAAAUUAUACAACAAGAUGCUGAACCAGUCGAUGAAAAUUAUCCACCUACUGCUGAUAAUGAAGAUUAUGAAAAAAUGGAAUUAGAAUUAGCAAUAACAACAGCUCAUGGGAUUGAUAAUGAAUUAAUCGAUGAUGGUCAUGCAGCAGUGAAUUAUUGUGAUGUAGAGGGAACGGUUGACAUGGUUCAACUAGUUCCUGAUCCAACAGAACAAGAACCAUCGCAACGAAGAAAGAAGAUUAGAUCAAUUGAAGCACAGAAGAAACACAACAAGAAAAGAAACGAUCAUCUUCGACUAUUCCGGUAUCGACAUGUUUUGAAAAGAUCUUAUUAUUAUCGUUUCAGAUUGAAAUUGAACCGGAAAAUACUUCGUCAUUAUGGUGUGUUGUUUCGUCAUGUCAAAUUCCACGGCGAUCAAGCUAUUAUAGGUGUUAAGUGCGAUCAAGAUCGAAGACGAUGUGAAGAUGCCUUGCCGUCGUACUGUUUCGACAGGAAGAACUAUUGGCGAUUCAAAAGGUGA